AAAACAGCUGGAGAAACCCAGCGGGUACAGCAUCUAUGGAGCGAAGGAAAAAAGCAACGUUUCGGGCCGAAACCCUUCUUCACAGUUUCUCCAGCUUUUUUGUGUACCUUCGAUUGUAUAUCUGCAGUUCCUUCUAAAACAUCUCCCUAUCUCUCUCAGUCUCCAUCUAUCUAUCUCUGUCUCUAUGUCUGUCUCUAUCCAUCUCUAUUUCCCUCUAUCAAUUUUCAAUUUAAAAAACUUUAUUGGCAUGAUAAAAUACAUCAUAUUGCCCAAGUUAUAGAACAUAACAUACAUAUUUAAAAUGCAUAAAUAUAUAAACAAGUAUACAGUGCAUGGAUAGAUAUGCCCCAGUACAUAUAUAUAAAUACACACUCGCAAUACACCUAUAGCCCUUUAUUGAUUGCUACACGUUCUUGUAGCUGUAAGCAAUACAACAGGAUAGCAAGUCAAUAUUAAUUUCUUAGUAUCAGUUAAUUUCAAUUAGUGUGUGCGUGCAUGUUGGCCAUUCAUCGUCUCUCAGGUUAUGGCAUGCUGUUACAUAUUGUGCACCAAGAUGAGCCGUAUUUCCUUCACCAAGGAUUAUUCUUAGUUUUGAUGUAUUAUCUAGUUCUUUAAAAUCUGGGUUUGCCAGACUGAGUUUGUCAAAGUAUGCUUUCCUUGUUUUUAUAAUUUUUUUUUGCAUUUCAGGAGGAAGUCACCUCUGUUUUAACCUCAUCUGUCAAACAGUGGCCGCAUAUUCUAUUUUAUCUUGGUUGCCAAAAUCUCUUCUGUCUUCCUUUUUCAACUGCCAAAUGGUGGUCACCUCACCUGUAUUUGGUGAGGGUCUGUCUCUGCUUUAUGUCUCUAACAGUUGAGAGAUAGUAUGCCAAUUUAUAAUCUCUUUUUAGGGCACGGUAACAUUCUAAUCUGCUUUGGAUUUUGGUUUCUUUAUCCCGUGUUCCAAAUAAGUUUAUUUUCAUUGUUUGAUAAUUUGGUUCACUCUAACUGGUGAUUGUGGAUCAGUAUUUAACUGAAUAGGGUUAGUUAGUCUCAGUACCAAAUGACACGGGGAACUCUUUUCUGGGUAACCCUCUUGGGUUUGAAGGGCUUUAGACUGGAGGGUAUCUAGGGGGCUAGAUUUAAGGCGAUUCCAAAAAUUUAGUGCUCGUUUCUGGAUAAUUAUUAUCAGUAGAUAUCUGCCUAAUUCCGCCCUACAUGCAUUUGUCGGUGUUUUUCUUUGGAUACAGAGAAUGUUCUGACAAAAUUCCGUAUGCAGGGCCUCUGUUGUAUGUUUUUCACAUUUAAUAUAGCUAUGGUGACUGAGCGGACUCCAUACUUCACUACCAUAAAGCGCAAUAGGCUGGAUUACGCUGUCAAAUAUUUUAGGCUGGAUUAGGCUGUCAAAUAUUUUAAACCAGAUUCUGAUUGGAAUUUGGAUGUUGUUGAACCUUCGAGCUUUCUCUUUUAGUGCAUUCACUGCCAUGUUGAAGCUCCCUGAUGCUGCAACAAUUAGACCAAGGGUUUAGGAGUCGUUGCUGUGGACGGAGAGUCGAAGAUUUGAGCGGCCAUUGAGGGCGGCCAGGGUGCCGGUGAGCCCCCCAUCUGCCCGGUGUGCGGGCUGAGCUUUGAGGGGCUGAGCUUCAGUGGAGGACCACAUGGCAGGGCAAAACAAGGAGAAGCGUUAUGAGUGCAACAUGUGUGGCAAGGCCUGCCAGUGCCCGAGCAAGCUGGAGUCUCACCGGCGGAUGCACACGGGAGAACGCCCCUUCGACUGCUCGGAGUGCGAAAAGAAUUUCAAGACGGCGAGUGACCUGAAGGCCCACCAGCAAGUGCACACGGGUGAGAAGCCCUGCUCCACCUGCGGCAAGAACUUUACCAGGUUGUCGGGGCUGUGGGACCACCGGCGGGUGCACAGCAGUGAGCGGCCCUUCACCUGCUCCGACUGCAGCAAAGCCUUCAAGUCGUCCACGAACCUGAAAGUGCACAGGCGCCUGCACACUGGGGAGCGGCCCUACACCUGCAGCGACUGUGGCAUGGACUUCACUCAGGCCAGUGGCCUGCUGCAGCACCAGAGCACCCACACUGGCGACCGACCCUACACCUGUGCCCAGUGCGGCAUGGGCUUCACCCACUCCAGCCGCCUGCAGGAGCACCAGCGCACCCACACCAGCGAGCGCCCCUACACCUGUGCCCAGUGUGGCAAGGACUUCACCCAAUACGGCUACCUGCUGAAGCACCAGCGCACCCACACCGGCGAGCGCCCCUACACCUGUGUCCAGUGCGGCAAGGGCUUCACCCAGUACGACUACCUGCUGAAGCACCAGCGCACCCACACCGCUGAGCGCCCCUACACCUGCGCCCAGUGCGGCAAGGGCUUCACUGACUCCAGCACCCUGCUGAAGCACCAGCGCACCCACACCGGCGAGCGCCCCUACACCUGCGCCCAGUGCGGCAAGGGCUUCACCCAGUCCAGCAGCCUGCUGAUGCACCAGCGCACCCACACCGGCGAGCGCCCCUACACCUGUGCCCAGUGCGGCAAGGGUUUUACCAGAUCCACCAGCCUGUUGGAGCACCAACGCACCCACUCUGGCGUGCGCCCCUACACCUGUACCCAGUGCGGCAAGGGCUUCAACCGCUCCACCAGGUUGCUGGAGCACCAGCGCACACACACCGGCGAGUGCCCCAACACCUGUACCCAGUGAGGCAAAGGCUUCACCCGCUCCAAAAGCCUGCUAAUGCACCAGCGUACCCACAGUGGUGAGUGCCCCUACACCUGUGCCCAGUGCGGCAAGGGUUUUACCAGAUCCACCAGCCUGUUGGAGCACCAGUGAGUCCUCUGGCGAGCGCCCCUACACCUGUACCCAGUGCGGCAAGGGCUUCACCAGAUGCAGCAAGUUGCUGGAGCACCAACUCACCCACUCUGGCGAACGCCCCUAAACUUGUACACAGUUCGGCAAAGGCUUCACCUGCUCCAGCAAGCUGCUGUCCCACCAGCGGGUGGGACAGUCCCAUCACCAGCCCGGUGUGUGGAGAGUGCUUUGCCAUGGUCUCCCAUGCCCUGUCUCAUCAGCCACAUGUGCACCAGUGGCCAACCCUACGACUGCCCGUACUGAGUGAGGCGUUUGACAGUUUGCAGGGGUUGUGGCAGCAACGGCCGGGCCCACGCCAGCGAGCAGCUGCUCCC